GCCAAAACCAUGACAAGACCAAAGACAACCCCCCUAUCCUCUCCAGAUCCAGCAGUGAGGGGGGCUCAAACAGAAUGUCCCUUAGCUCAGACACAGAAGGCCCCCCACCAGGGCCCCUGCAUCCUUCUCUAUACAAUCGAACCAACCCUGUCAUCAGCGAAGAAGAUGGGGAGGGAGUUUCAACUCCCUGUGCAAACGUCCAGAAUGUUGUAAUCCACUCUGACGAAAAAACUGAGAUGGACUGUACCAAGUCAGAGGUGGACGCACAGGGAGGAAAAGAUGACAAUAACACUGAGGUCCCUCAGGGAGAUGGUACGGCUGCUCAGACUGUACCAAAGAGUGAAUCUGCAGCGGGGUUAAAUUAUGAUUCUGUCAAAUACACUCUGGUGGUCGAUGAACAUGCUCAGUUGGAGCUGGUCAGCCUCAAGGACUGCUUGCAUGGUUACCAUGAGCACAAAGACGACAGCGAUUCAGAGACGGUCUAUCAGUCAGCCAAUGAGGAAGAAGACCCAGAGUAUGAGGAGGAGAGGAAGAGGAUAGAAGAAGCAACAAAGCAAGAGAGGAGGAAAGAGGAAGAAAAGAGAAGAAAGGAGGAAGAAGUCGCCAAGAAGAGGAGGGAAGAGGAUUUGAAAAGGCGGAGGGAGGAGGAGGUAAAAAGGAGAAGGGAAGUUGUGGCAAGGACCUGCAAGCAGUCCAAGGUAACAUCCACAACAACUUCAGAGGAAGAGGGGUCUAAUGGAGAGAGGGCCGUCCCUUCCAGAUGUAAAAAGUUCCUCAACCUGUUUUCCAACAGCAGCACUCAAUACAGCGCCACUG